GAACUGCAACACUUGUCCCAAAUACAUGACAGUAAGCCUAUCCCUGCCAGUCACUGUGACAGGGCCAAGCACAGCGUGAACUCUGCAUCUCAUGUAGGCUUGAUCUCCUCACACACACCCAAGACUCCAGUAUCUGUAGGAAGUUCCAGGGAGCUGUGACGAGAAGACCGAACGCGUACAAAAAUAAAGAGAAAGCCCAGUCAGAAAAGCUGUUGUGUUUGACGUGAAAACAAGAUGUCGAAGAUGUCCAGGUUUAGGAAGACGAAGGAUCCUGAGCCCACGGCUCCUGGGCAGGUGGCCAUCAAAAAGAGGUCCAGGGUGCCCGGGGUGAUGAUCACCCAGUAUGUGGAGGAGAUCCCAGAGGGGAAGAGCCACCCUGACUUUACCCGCAAGCCCAUCGCUCUCACCAUCCAGGAGGGUAAACUAGCGAUUUUCAAGGCAAUUGUGACUGGAGACCCUACUCCCUCUGUGACUUGGGCAAGGAACAACGGCGAGGUGACGGACCCUGACCGGUACCAGUCUGUUCACGACGAAGCCUCCGGGGAGCACACGCUGCAGAUGCCAGAUGUGGCUCCCGAUCAAGCAGACACGUAUAAAUGCUUUGCCACUAACGAUUACGGACGAGCUGUGGUCACUGCUGCCCUCAAUGUGAUUGAAGUUGGUUAUAAGAAAAGUCGGGCUAUGCAAGAAACAAGAACAGCUGUUAGAGAAGUGCCUGAAGAUUUCAAAAAGACCUUAAAGGCAAGGACCGAUGGACCAGUAGAGAAAAAGAAAGUGAUUGAUGACAGUUUCUGGGAUCUUCUGUUGAGCGCCGAUAAGAAAGAUUUUGAAAGUAUCUGCUCUGAGUACGGAGUCACUGACUUCCGCUGGAUGUUGAAGAAACUGAACGAGAAGAAGAAGGAGAGAGAAGAGGAGCAGGCUAAGUUCAUUGAACAACUCAGUAACUUGAAGCCCAUUGAAAUUAAACCUGGAGGGGGUGCGCAGUUUGAAUUUGAAAUGACGCUCAAAGACCCAAACAGCAAACUCUUCUUGUUCAAGGAUGGAGUGAUGGUUGCGUUUGAUUGCGACACGGAAGUAAAGCAUAAUUUAAAGAAAGUUGGCAAGAAAUACAUGUUCAACAUCAACAACCUGAACCCUGAGGAUGCUGGCUUGUACCAAGUCAUGGUAGAGGGGGUGAACAUCUUCUCAACUGACUUCAAAAUUCCUACCGUCGACUUCCUGGUCAAGAUCCAGGAAGUGAAGGCCACGGAGAGAGAGGACGCCGUGUUUGAGUGUGUGCUCGAUCAUCCCAUGGCCAGGAUCCAAUGGAUGGGGAAGACUGUUCCCUUGGAGCAAGGAGAGAAAUAUGACAUCACAGUGUCAGAGGAUAUGCUCAUUCACAGACUGGUCAUCAAAGACUGCCUGCAGCUGGACAAGGGCAUCUACGCUGCAGUGGCAGGGAUAAAGUCUUGCAAUGCUUGGCUUGUUGUUGAAGCUGAUAAGGACCCUAACAAUCGGGGAAAAAAGGCCGUCCGUAAGACGACCCAGGCGGGCGGGGGAGCAGACCUGGCCAAGGUCGCCCAGGAGCAGCAGGGCAAGCUGCAGAAGGAGAGAGAGGAGAUGAUAGAGGUGGUGAAGCAGGCCCAGGCGGAGAAGGCGGCCGCAGCUGAAGAACAACCUGAACCAGAACCAGCAGCAGAACCAGAACCAGCAGCAGAACCAGCAGAACCUAAACCUGAGGCUGUGGGAGAGCCAAAGGUGGAGGAACCUCCGGAGGAGGAAGAACCGCCCACGGAGAAGAAGAAGAGAGUGAGAACUGGACCCUUGAUCCCAGACACGGUCAUAGAUCCAGGAGUCCACUUCACCACAGGGCUGUCGGACAUCACCGCUGUCAUCGGCACGUCUGCAGAGCUGGUGUGCAAGCUGAGCAGCGAGGACUGCGAUGGCGUCUGGUACAAGGAUGGAGAAGAGAUUACAGCAUCAGAUGAAAUCUCCCUGGUUAAAGAUGGGGCCUAUCACAAACUCAUAGUUAAGAGCUGCCAGGAAGAUGACACAGGGAAAUACCGCUUUGAGGCAGACGGGCGCAAAACAGAGGCCAUGUUGACUGUGGAAGACCCUCCCAGGAUCAACCUCGAUGACCUGGCAAAGUUCUCGGAGCCCGUCAUCAUCAGGAUGGGCCAGAACGCCACCUUCAAGCUGCCCUUCACGGGCCGCGAGCCCAUGAAGAUCCAGUGGUACAACGAGGGCGAGGAGCUUCUGGAAGACUCCAACAUCAAGAUCGAGAAGUCGUCUUAUCAGAGUCGCCUUCUGCUCAGCAAGUGCCCACGCAAAAGCAGCGGGGAAAUCAAGAUCAAGAUCAAGAACGAGAGUGGAACUAUCGAGGCCUUAUCCAGGCUUAUUGUACUGGACAGACCCACCCCUCCCCUGGCCCCUGUGGACAUCAUCGAGAGCUCCUCGUCUGCUGUGGAGUUCAAGUGGAGGCCCCCCAAGGACGACGGCGGCUCCCCGAUCACCAACUACCUCCUGGAGCGGCAGCAGCUGGGGAGAAACAGCUGGAAGAAGCUGGGGCAGAUCCUGGGAGAGCCCAAGUACAGGGACACGGACGUGGACCACGGCAGGAAGUACUGUUACCACAUCCGAGCCGUGACGGAGGAGGGCAUCAGUGAGAUGAUGGAGACGGACGAUCUCCAGGCCGGAACUAAAGCGUAUCCCGGAUCCCCCUCUGCUCCUAAAGUGGUCAGCGCCUUCAAGGACUGCAUCAACCUGGCCUGGUCUCCUCCCUCCAACACUGGAGGCACCAACAUCCUGGGGUACAACUUGGAGAAACGCAAGAAGGGCAGCAAUCUGUGGGGGGCUGUUAACCCACCAGACGAGCCUAUCAAAGAGAAGAAGUGCGCAGUAAAAGACGUUGUUGAGGGAAUGGAGUAUGAGUUUCGUGUCUCAGCCAUUAACAUUUCAGGAGCAGGAGAGCCAAGUACACCGUCUGAAUUUGUAAUCGCGAGAGACCCAAAGAAGCCCCCCGGUAAAGUGAUCGACCUGAAGGUGACAGACUCCACCUACACCACUUUGUGUCUCUCCUGGACGAAGCCCAAGGACAUCGAAGGGGUGGAGGACGAGGCCAAGGGCUACUUUGUGGAGAUCAGACCAGCAGAGAACCCUGAAUGGGAUCGCUGUAACUCCAACGCCAUCACCAUGACGUCCUUCACGGUGAAGGGUCUGAAGUCCAUGGCCAUGUACUGGGUGAGGGUGAUCGCCACCAACGAUGGAGGGGAAGGACAACCCCAGGAACUGGACAACUACAUCCUGGCCAUGCCUCCUCCUGUGAGACCACAGUUCACUGACGCUAAGUUGAAGAGCUUCAUGGUAGUGAGAGCUGGGAACUCUGCAAGAGUCAACAUCAACUUUGAGGCCUCUCCGAUGCCAAACAUCACUUGGCUGAAGGAUGGCGUUCCCGUGUCGAAGCGCGUCACCGUCAGCAACGCAGACACCACAUCCCAGAUGCUCAUCCCCUCGUCCGAGCGCUCUGACACAGGCAUCUACACCAUCGUGGUCAAGAACAUCGUUGGACAGGACACCUUCAGUGUUGAGAUUCGAGUCACAGACGACCCCAAGCCUCCAGGCCCGGUGGAGUUGGAGCAGAACGUCCCUGGAACCGUGACCGUGUCCUGGACUCCUUCCCCAGACGAGAAGAGAGACGACCGACUGCACUACAUGGUAUCCAGGAGAGACUCCAUCAAGCGCACCUGGCAGACUGUGGCCGACCGCCUCUUCAACAACAACUUCACGGCCAUCAACAUCAUGGCCGGGAGGGAGUAUAGCUUCCGGGUCUAUGCCAAAAACGACAUGGGCCUCUCCGCUCCAUCUAAUUCAUCAACAUGGGGGGAGAUGAAAAUAAAAGAGAAGUUCACUCUGAGUUUACCCACGUCCAAAACUGUGACCUUGGAAGUCGCACCAUCCUUCCUGGUUCCUUUGAAAAUGCACAACAGUCCUGAGAGUUACGAGUGCUUCAUGAGCUGUGCUGUGAGAGGGGACCCCACGCCCCACGUCACAUGGUACAGGAACAACAUCAGCCUCAACACCAACACCAACUACUACAUCUCCAACACCUGUGGGGUUUGUUCUAUGACCAUCCUGAGGGUCGGACCCAAAGACACCGGAGAGUACAAGAUCAUCGCUGAGAACUCCCUGGGAAGGGCAGAGUGCGCCACUAAACUCACAGUGAAAGACUGAUGUAGGUAGAUAGUCUUCCAUCCUGACAUCUGUCCUGCUAACCUGAUCAAGACGUCUACAUGAGAGUUAUAGGCAAGAUACAACACAGUAGCUUCUGUGAGAGAUUCGAGGUUAGGUGAUGUGUUGCUUUCUGUGUUGGACCCAUAUCUGGUGCUUGUUUCCUGAAGUGUUUAAAAAAAUGUGCAAUAAACUGUAGUUGACAUCA